AUGGACAUAACGUGCCUAAUUAAUCGUGGGCCGUCGAGCUACGUGCUCACCGUGUCUGGCGACCACAAACUGGAAGACCUAAAGGAUGCAAUGGCAGCACACUCAUCGCUGCAGUUUGUUGAACACGACGCUAUCCUGCAGGUGCAUCACAAAACUUUCAACACAUUUGUAAAUGUGGAUGAGAACACCACACUAGAAGACAACUGCAUCAUUAGGGUUCUUGAUGUAUGCAUAAUUGCUGACGGAUCAUCAGAGGAAGCCGUAAGCCUGUACCCUGGCCAUCUGUAUGAUACAGCUGCGAGGGAGCUUGUUCAGCGCUAUCCUCAGCUAAGAGAUGGCUUUGGUGAUGGACAUAUGUCAUGGCAGACAGCAUUAAGGUACAAGGGAAAAAACACGCGCAAGAAAUUGCCUGCAGGCAUUAAAGAAGUGGACGAGCUGCGGGAAAAAGCAAAAAGGCGCAAAGCUUCAAGCACGUGCGAGGAAGACAGCAAUACUAAAACGGCCAAGGUCCACGCAAGAAAGUCUUCUUUCUGGAACGGUGCUUUCAAUGAAGGGGAAGACGAGAAGAGCACUGAAGCACAUAUUGAGAUAAUGAAGAAGGAGAUGCGCGUGGCCGGUGGGAAUGCAGACAAAAUCCGAGAGUCUAUGCAUCAGACUUUCCGCAAGCGUAGGAUUUUCAUAGAAAUGGAAAAGCCAGCCGUCACAGAUUUGCUCCAGAUAUACCCAGCAUUGAGUCUUGAAAGAGAGCUUCUGAACGAGUUCCAUCGGCUGACAGGUUUAAAUGCAAAGGAAAGAAUAAAUGCGUUUGUGGAAAAAUAUGGCCAGAGAAUCUUGGCACUGGCACCCAAGAAAAAACGCCCACUGGAAGAAGACCCGGACGACGCUUAUUACUAUACUGUAUCUGUGCUCAUGUCCCUGCCUCGUUUGGCCAAGGAAGACCCCAGUGCCAUAAUUGCACAGCUGGUAGGCACACACUUUCGUAGACGUCUAGCCUCACUUCAACUAUUUCUUCAUUCACGUCUAACUUAAUAU